AUGACACCUUCACUUUAUCAUUAUUCACCUCAAAACAAUAUUCUUAUUAUGCAAGAUAUGGGCUCGAACCCUGACCUACAACAGUUCCUUCUGGACCGUACGACAACCAGUCAAGAUGCAUGUGCUCUCGGUGAACUGCUAGGCGGCUAUUUAAGCCAUUUUCACACUUUCACUAAAGAUAAUAUCACCAUGUUGACGCCAUAUUUCAUAAACAAUGCUGCACGAACUCUUCUACAAGAUGUUUUUUACUCUGCCGUCAUACCUGUCAUCUCUCUUACAACUCUUCCUGCUUCUCAAAUAGCCCAGUUAGCCGAGAAAGCGCGGCUUCUCGGGAUUCAAGGAACACUUGACCAAACGAGUUCUACAGAGGUGGUCAAGAUGGGGGAUCUUUGGCCUGGAGCGAUUCUAAUCCCACAAAGCCGAAAGGAACUAGUAAUUUUAGACUGGGAAUUUUGUGAUAUUGGUAAUCCCGCCAUAGAAGUAGGCCAUUUUGUCACAUUUCUUUAUUUACUUGCAAAUUUCCCACCACCAGAAAAGGGUACUAUGGAAGGAAUGACUAAUGCGAGCAUUUUCAUGAAAAAUUUUUUGCAAAAAUAUACCAAGAGCUUUGUACCAAAAAAUGCAAAGUCAUUUUGGGAAGAUAUGCAGACCAUGAUCGGUGUUGAUAUUUUGAUUGAAGCGGGAAAGGGAAGAUGGUGUUCAAUUGAAUCAUGUUCAUGUGAAGGAAU